AUGACGUCCUCAUCCCCCGAGAUUCCCGCCAAUGUCACAGACAUCAAGGCGGAGGUUGCCCAUAGUGAUGCUGGCGUCGAAGCCAACAAGAUCAGAGGCGACUACUCCAGAGCUGAGGCGAAGACUGAUCCUGCAGAGAUUGCUCUCGUGCGCAAGUUAGACCUGCGAAUCAUGCCGAUCCUUUGGGCUAUGUACUUCCUGAACUACCUCGACAGAAACGCGUUGCCGCAAGCGAACCUCAACAACCUCGAAAAGGAUCUGGGUCUGGUCGGUGUCCAAUACAACACGGCUAUUUCUAUCCUCUUCGUGGGAUACCUGUUGAUGCAGGUGCCGUCCAACAUGUUCAUGACACGCACUCGACCCUCCAUCUACCUCUCGGUCUGUAUGAUCAUCUGGGCUGCAGUCUCCGCUGCUACAGCAGGAGUCAAAGACUACGGCGGUCUCGUUGCCUGCCGCUUCUUCCUCGGUUUUGCCGAAGCUCCCUUCUACCCCGGUGCCUUGUACCUCCUAUCCAUCUACUACACCCGCAAGGAACUCGCCACGCGCAUCUCAAUCCUUUACACCGGUCAAGUCGUAAGCACAGGCUGCUCUGGCCUGAUAGCAGCAGCCACAUUCUCCACUCUCGACAACAAAUACGGCAUCAAAGGCUGGCAAUGGCUCUUCAUCAUCGAGGGCGCCGUCACCGCAGGAAUCGCCAUGUUCGGCUUUUUCUUACUGCCCGACGAUCCGUCGCAGACCCGCUGGCUCACACAGGCAGAGAAGGAUCUCGCUAUCGAGCGUAUCCGGAGGGACACGGUUGGCCAGCAGGCUCGAGGCUCGACUUGGGAUGGGCUGAAGCAGGCAUGCAAGGACCCUCGCACUUGGUUGUUCUGUCUCAUGCAGAACUUGCACAUCUCUGCUUGCUCGUUCAAUAACUUCUUUCCCACUAUUGUCAAAUCCAUGGGCUUCACAUCCAUCACAGCCCUCCUCCUGACCGCACCACCCUACUUCGUCUCCGGCCUCCUCGGCAUCCCCUUUGCCUACUCCUCCGGCCGCCUCAACGAACGCACCUGGCACAUCACUGCCGGCCUCGGCCUCGCGAUAAUCGGCUUCGCCAUGUCGGUGGGCACCAUGAACACCGCAGUCCGCUACACUUCGACCUUCCUCUACGCCACCGGCGCUUAUGGCGUAGGGUCCGUGAUCCUGGGGUGGGUGAGCAAUACCCUCUCCCAGACUCCCGAGAAGAAGGCCGUGGCGUACAGUCUCGUCAACGUCACGGCCAAUUUGGCGUACAUCUAUUGUGCGUAUUUGUGGCCGAAUGAGAGUGCGCCGGGGUUUAUGAUGGGGUUUGGGAGCAUGAUUGCUUUUGCGGCGACAAGUAUUAUGUGUGCUUGGGGGAUGAGAUUUUGGUUGAAGAAGGAGAAUGGGAAGUUGAGGGAAAGAGGAGAUGAGGGGGGUGCUUUGUAUGCUUAUUAG